GGAGCGGGAGCGGGCGGAUCCCUUUUUUUUUAAAAAAAAAAUAAUGCAAUGCACACCGGCACAAGCGCAAGUAAAUGAGUGAUCGAGGCGCCCGCGCGGCGCCGGCAUGUGAUGUGAGCCUGGCAGCCUGCUGCCUGCCCGCGUCCCCGGGACUAGUUCAGUUGCUUCACUGUGGCGGUGGCCUGGCCCUGCGUGCGCGCUGCAGCAGUGCGGUAGCGGGCAGAUGGCCGACUCCACGGCCAUGACCGUCGACUUCCUCCGUGCGCGGCUGCUCUCCGAGCGGUCCGUCUCCCGCGCCGCCAAGGAGCGCGCGGACGAGCUCGCCAAGAGGGUCGCGGAGCUGGAGGAGCAGGUCCGGGCGGUGACGGCGCAGAGGCGGCAGGCGGAGUGGGCGGCCGCCGAGGUGCUCGCCGUUCUGGAGUCCCAGGGCUUUGGCGACCAUCUCUCGGAUGGGGCCGACGACUCCGACGGCUCUGAAGUCCAGGACGGCGAGGAGGAGGACGGCAAGAGUCGCGGCGAUACGGCCGGUGCCGCUGGCGAGGAUGGUGAGGGGGAGCCAUCGGCAGCCAAGGGCGAGGCGGAGGACGCGCUGUCCGGGACCACGGCCCAGCCCGGCGGGCUUUCGUGGAAAGGCCGCAGCGUGAGCCCGCGCAAGGCCAGGCAGCUCAAGCAGCGGCACAGGCGGAGCUUCUUCUACUUGCUCUCCUCCGCCGAUCCCUCGCCCAAGUACCGAGUGGGGCAAUCGUGCCGCAAGAACAAGAGGCGGAUGGAGCUGAGGUCGGUGGCAACGGAAGAAGACGGCGAGGGCGGGGGGAGUCAGAGAGGUCGGCAAGAUGGGCCGGAUUUUACGGACGACGGCGAGGUGGGUGUCGAUGAGCGGAGUCCAGGGGCCGGUGGUGGUGUCGGCCAGUACGUGAUCAGGUACGAGAAGGAUGGUGGGGAGAUGGCGAGGGUGCUGGAGAGGCAGGCCGAGCUGAUAGGGCAGUACGAGGAAGAGGAGAACGCUCAGAGGGAGUGGGAGAAACAGUACAACGAGAACAGGAAUGCAAAUAAGGGUGAUGUCGAGCCAAAGAAUAAUGCGAAAAACGUCCCCAGCACCAACAACCCGUCUGCUGAACGUCUGCCGAACAAAGAGAGCUCCAACAACAGCGCGGUCCCAAGGCAAGAUCAAACAUCAGACGGCGAUUCAGGAUACAGCAGGGACACUCGGUCUCCUAAGCGCGACACCACCGUCAGCGCACCAUCAGAUGGGAGCCCAUCGAGUGACACCCUCAACAGCAAGGCGUCCGGCUGGAGCUCGUCACGGUUCCACGACUGCACGGACAGACAGCUUGAUGACACACCGGCGCCAUGCAGCAUCGCGGACAUAGAGAGUGUCCUGCAGGCGCUGCAACGCGCCAGGAUAUCCCUGAGCGCCAAGCUGAGCAAGCCAGUCCCCCCCAGCCAGGUGACGCUGGCGCUCCCGGCGCCCGGAGACGAGCACAGAGAGUACGACGACGAGGACCUGCCGACCGACGAAGGCUCGUACGGUGAUGAAAAGCUGAGCGGCUCAAGUCCUUCCUGCCAGGAGAUGCUGGCGCUCCCGGCACCGGAGGAUUACCAUGGCCAUGAAAGGGAGGGCUCGCCGCUGGUUUCGCAUGUAGAGAAAGCAAGCACCUCGAGCCCUCCACGCGAGGAAAUGCUGGCGCUCCCCGCGCCAAGAGACGAGUACCGCAACCGCAAGGAGGCCGAGGAUUACAUGAGGAUCCCCGCCGGCAUUCCCGGUCUGUUCCGGCUGCCCGUAGACUCGUUUCCAGUGGAUGAGAAGAUGUUCUCAGGUACCGCCUGUGGUUCAGGGUUUCGUCUGGGACUGCGAGCAGCGGCGCCUACUUCUGGUAGGUGUAUCAGCGUGCCAACACCACCAGAUCUUACGGUUGGGAGUGCUCCUUUCCUUUCUGGAAUUCCAGGACUUCAGAGUCUGAGCAGAGGAAUGCCUCUUGCAGAUGAAGAUCUGUUCAUGCAGCGGGGUAUCGAUUGCACCGUCUCUAAUAUGUGGAUGCUGUAAGUACGACAAACGUCUUGUGUGUCGAUUUCUUCCUUGCAUGUGGUUUGGUAUAGCGGUACAUAUGUAGCAUUGGUCAUAAGAUAGGAGUGUGUUGAGCACUAGUUAAGCAAGCAGCAGCUGCCCCCA